GUUAUAGGCAACCAACCCCAAAGUUCUCCAAAUCCAAAUAGGACAUAACUUCUGAAUCAUGGAAGCCCUUUACUAGGAAAACACAAAUUCCUAAACGAAAAUAUAUAUAAAAAAGAAAAAGAAAACUCUCGCUAGUUCCUAUAUAUAUAUUUACUCCCUCUUGUCAUAAUAAUAAUAUAUAUAUACACAGAAUGACUUGCACCGAUCUGCAUCCCUAUUUGUAAUCAAUACGUAGUACCCUCUCAAACGUAGAUAACAUGAACGCCGACGCCGAUGACAACCCUAGCAUGUGGGCGGUGCAUGCGAGUAAAAGAAGAGGAGGAGGUGGUAACGGACGGAGAAAGAUAGAGAUAAAGAAGAUACAAGACAACAAAACAGGUCUAAUCGUCACGUUCUCAAAGCGGCGCACUGGUUUGUUUAAGAAAGCUAUGGAGUUCUGCAACCUAGAUGGUGGUGGUGCUGAAGUUGUUCUCAUCACUUUCUCUCCUUCAGGUAGACCUUUUUCUUUCGGGAAACCUUCUCCCGACUCUGUUGUCCUUCGUUACCUGACCACCCCUCAAAGAGCCAAGGACACUACACCGCCGAAGCCACAGAAGGAAGAGGAGGGAGAAGGGUUCUUGUGGGAGAAGGGUAUAAAGAAUUUGGACGCGGAGGAGGUUGAAGAGUAUAAAGAUGCAUUAGCAGAGUUGAAAAAGAAAUUGGUUUUCAGAAUUGCAGAGAUUAGAGUGCGAAGUGCCAAUACUCGAAAUUUCUUUUAGAAUGCCAAAUGGAUGAUUUCUUCUGAUUCUUUUAUUUUGCUUUUUUUAAUUUGUUACUAACAUUUUUAUAAUUAAAUUAUUAUUAUUUUCACUACUAAAUUAUAUUUUCAUAAA